CUUUGGAGAACACGAACGUGUGAGCUGGUGGAAAUACGAGUGUGCCAGACAGGGCACAGAAUCGAAAGUGUACAUACUAUAUAGUGCAGCUAUACUACAUACAGCUUAGAAGGCAGUUUCUUAUGAAUAAUUCAUAGAAAUCGGAAAAUAUGGAGAGUUUCUGGCAGGAAUUGAAGUCGUUGCUGAAGACCCUGCUCUGCUUUGUGGUUGCUUUGAUGCUGGUGCCUUUACUGCUGUUAUCGUUCCUAUGCGCUCACUUUGGCAACGAACUGUCCAACUAUGUGCUGAGCAUCAAGUACCCAAACCUAACCAUCUCAAAGUCCAAGAAGAUCCGGACUUUAAUCGACACGCCGAAGAACGCGGGCAUAUUCCACUUUCUUCUCCAGGUGGAGGGAGACUGCGACUUCGAGAGGAUCAAGAUGACCUACGCCCAGUACCUUACUGAUCUGAGGGAUAAAACUGGGAUGCUGAGAUUCCCCAAGCUGCGUCAAAAACUCGUCUCUUGUUGGGGACACUAUGCGUGGGUGAAUGACAGUAGUGGCUUCAACAUCAAUAAUCACGUCCUGCUGAGCACCCACAAAUACCGAGGACGUCCGGUCACCGAAUCGAAUAUUCAGGAGUAUGUCAGCGAACUGGCCACCAAGUAUAUACCCUCGGACCUGCCCCAGUGGCAGGUGAUUGUGAUCCCGAACUCGGAUAGCACUCAACCCUACUACAUCCUCGUCAAACUGCACCACCUCAUAAUUGCCGAGGAGGAGGACCUGCAUGUGAGUGAGAUGCUUCUGCUACAGGAUCCGCAAAAGAAAAUGGUGGUGGCCCUGAACGACGGAUUGAGUCAGAGUUCGAAUCAGCAACUCUCCCGUUUUGUACGAAAGCCCGAACACAUAAGCAGAUUGAUUAGUCAUAUCCUGCAUCUUAUCAUCUGUCGCUGGCAGAAGUUCAUCUAUGAAUUUGAAUCUCUUGAAACUCCCGAUGGAACUUCUUCCAGUGUUCAAGUUAGAAACCUCAGUCAGUUGGCUUCUUUGAUGGUCAUUGUCCUGGUAAAUGUGAUCUUGGGCUAUGUAAGAAGCCGUUCAAUGCUCAAGAAACUCAAAAGACGCUCACUUAGCUAUCGAAAUCCAGUGGGUCGUUUCCAGACAAUACGAUUGCUUUUGCACAGGGAGUUGGAGCAAAGAAAUCUCAGUUGGUGGGUGGCCAGAAACGCCGCCUAUAACAGUUUGCAGCCUACUAACUUGGCCAAGGUCUGGACCCGUUUUCUUUGGCGUCUAAAUCUCAAUCAUGUUUUGCUUCUACCCUAUCACGUUUACUGUGAAUUUCUGGCAUUUGGCGACGUCCUCAUAAAGGGACAAACUUCGUACACUUCAACUUACUGUGCAAGACUCCAUUUAUAUGUACCGCUCUUACUCUACGCUCACUUGGAGUUCUUUAAAAUUCUUUGGGAGCUUUUCCAGGCUCCUCGAAACAUUUACGAGGUCCUUUUCGAACAGCCCACCCAAGAGUUGAAUAUUCUGCACACAAAAUCCUACGCAGGCAGGAAAAUCGUCUCUUUUGGGCGGUCAAUAAAUGGCGCCCAACUUAGAGCCCGCAAUAAGGGUAAAUUCAACAAUGAUCUCAGAGAGUCCGAUUUUAGCUUAACUUGCCUGGCAGGUGCUGUCCACGAUUACUUCGAAACGUUCUCAGGGGACAUGAAAGUCCCAAAUUUCCUAAACACCACUUGUAGGACCAUAGAUAAGGGAUACUUUACGGAUCGCAUGGGAGACAAUUCCGAGAAUAUUGGGGGCGUGGUCUUCUUGCAACUGCCGUUAAGAAAGCCGGACGCUGAUCACGCUUCAGAGCUACAUCAGAUUGUUGAACGAAUAAGAAAGCAACAGAUCAUAAUAUAUUUAGCCUCUAUUGGUCAGACAAAGUACAGUUUCCUCACAUCCCUUUUCCCUCAUGUUAUUACGAAAAUCUUUAUAAACUUCUUCUCAUACAACUUUCCCAUAACAAUCACUGAGAUCUAUGGACCCACUGAUGAGUUUCAAUCGGCUUGGGGUCAGAAAGUUCAGGAUGUUCUACUCUUCCGGCCUCCACAAUCGAAGACCUGCCUUUCCCUCAAUCUACAUCGCUUCGGUGACAAAUAUAGGUUGGCUGUAAUGGCAGAUACACAUCUAGCACCUGAUCACACAAUAAUCACAAGAUCUUUUGAUGAAUAUAUGGAAACUAUCACUCUGUAAAAAGAAAGAAGCAUCCCCAAAUUUUGUGGCUGAGAGGAAUCUUCAUCAUGAUAUAUGUGCAUUAACGAAAUAAAAAUUAUUUAUCCAACUAAAAA